UAGCGGAAAUAAAGUCCUAAAAUUUCGAUCAUCUCCUCUCCUGACUCCUCCUUUGGUUUCAGUGUCUGGAAAAGACCUGAAAGCUUUUCCUUUUCUGGAAAAAAAUUCAGUUCAAAUUUUCUGUUUCUGAAUCGCGCAUUGCAACCCCCAACCCCGUGAAAAAGAUGUUGAUAUAGCAAUCCAAAACCCUAACCCUUCAUCCCAUUUCGCAAUGCAACCCCAAACCUUAAACCUACCUCCAGCUCUCACUCUAUUCCCAACCCUCAGACCCCCUCACAAGACCCUCACUUUCCACCGAUUUCUUGUCCUAAUCAUCACUUUCUUAGCCUACGCUUCCUUCCACGCCUCUCGGAAGCCCCCAAGCAUCGUCAAGAGCGUGCUCGGUCCCAAAAUUGAACCAAAUUCGUCCCAUAUCGGUCCCGAUUCGGGUUGGCCGCCGUUUGAUGGCCCCCAAGGUACCCACCGUCUCGGCGAGCUCGACCUCGCGUUCCUAUCGUCCUACUCGAUUGGAAUGUACCUCGCUGGUCACGUUGGUGAUCGGAUCGAUCUGAGGCUGUUCCUUGUGUUUGGGAUGGUGGGUAGUGGAGCUUUCACCAUAUUCUUCGGGUUAGGGUAUUGGUUGGAUCUGCAUUGGUUGGGGUUCUUUUUGGUGGUCCAAGUUCUGUGCGGGUUAUUUCAGUCCAUUGGGUGGCCCUGUGUGGUGGCAGUGGUCGGGAAUUGGUUUGGGAAAGACAAGAGGGGGUUGAUAAUGGGGGUAUGGAACUCGCAUACCUCUGUUGGGAACAUCAUCGGUUCCGUUGUGGCAUCGGGGGUGCUGGAAUUCGGGUGGGGUUGGUCCUUUGUGUUGCCUGGUGUGCUGGUGAUUGUGGUUGGGAUUGUCGUUUUCGUGUUUCUUGUUACGAGUCCUGAGGACUUGGGGUUGGAGUCUCCUGGAAUGGAGAUCGAGAUGAAUGUUGAGGUGGGGCCAGAGAGGGUGGAGUCGGAGGAAGCGGGUCUUCUUGUGAGUAGUGAGAGUUCUGAUACCUUGGCUGCAAUUGGGUUCUUGGAGGCGUGGAGGCUACCGGGCGUUGCACCAUUUGCAUUCUGCCUAUUCUUCUCGAAGCUGGUUGCUUACACUUUUCUGUAUUGGUUGCCCUUCUACAUAAGGCACACAGCUGUUGCUGGUGUGCAUUUGUCACAUAAAACUUCUGGGAUCCUCUCAACAAUUUUCGACAUUGGAGGGGUCUUUGGUGGAAUUUUGGCAGGAUUUGUAUCUGAUGUGAUUGAUGCUCGUGCGGUUACUUCAAUUGUGUUCUUGUUACUAUCAAUUCCAGCCCUUGUUUUCUACCGGCUAUAUGGAAGCGUCUCCAUGUUUGCCAACAUUGGGUUGAUGUUUUUGUCUGGAUUGCUUGUUAAUGGCCCGUACUCACUUAUCACAACCGCUGUUGCAGCUGAUCUUGGCACCCAGAGCAUGGUUAGUGGGAAUUCUCGUGCAUUGGCUACCGUUACUGCUAUUAUAGAUGGUACUGGUUCCGUUGGGGCAGCUCUUGGUCCAUUAUUGGCUGGGUAUAUAUCCUCUAGAGGAUGGAACAGUGUCUUUUUUAUGCUUAUUGUUUCCGUUUUCGUUGCAAGUUUGUUCUUGAUUCGUGUUGCAAGAAGUGAGAUUAGAGAGAGAUUGAAUGUGGGAAAAUGGUUUUGGAACAUCAUGAGCUCCCAUUAGUGAGAAGUUCCUCCGGCAUCACGCAUUUUCUUUU